UAAAUUUACAAAAAUCAUACAACUUUUACCUAAAAAAACGCUCAUCACAUUUGAAAUCGAUUUGACUGAUAAAAGCUAAGGAUACGCAAAUAAAUAGACAACAGAUAUCAUUGCGACAGAUUUAUCUUCGAUUACAUCGUAAGAAAUAUCAAUUUACGAGAAAAUAUACGGGAAAGGGACCACAAGAUUCGCGGAGAUGCGUGACUGAUAGGUCAAAGAUCGCAUCGAGGACAGAGAGAAAGGACCGUGAAAGUUACGAAGCGGAGAAGAAAAGUCAACUUAAGGUGUCUUAAAGUGGUGUGUCUCGAAGUCGUAAAGGUGAUUUUCGAGUGGCGGUUUUAAUCCUCGUUACGCGAACAUAAUAAAUAAAUACGGAUUCGGUAUUUACCAAAGGGAAAUAGGCGUUUCACGAAAAUAAAAUAACAAAGAUGAGCAAACAAAGUGUACCACCUCCAGGCAUCAAUUCCUGCGAAAGGAUCAGACCGGAGCGACCCAGAAAUACGAUACAGAGGCUGGUAUGGGGUCCCGGAACGCAGUUCCAGGUCGGUCAUAUUGGCAUCCCGGAGGAUGAAGGCUCAAAUCCACGGAUGGCGUUGAGAAGAUUACUGAGAUUGUAUGAGGGCAGACAAUAUAGGGAAGCCGCUGGCUUUCUGAUGAAGCUGCCACAUUACACCUUAAAGGCUGCAUUGCCGGAUAUUCCAGUGGACCUGUUGAUCGAAACGCUACCACACAGCCUCACCUUGCUGGAAGCGCUUUACUCCCGAUUGUUAGAACUAAACAUCAGCGACAUGAAGAUCUUGCGGAUCGAGCAAGUCCUCUGGAGGGUGGUGCACCUGAUAUCCAGUCAAGAUCACUUCCGACCGCGAAUCUGGUGUAAACUUCUCGUGUCAUUGAACAGAUUAUCGCCCAAUACGAAGAGUACGCUGCUAUCGAGAAGACGUGCUCUAGACAGAGCUGUAGAAGGACUUGGCAAACAUGGAUUAGUGCCUUCCUCGCAAACAAACAUCUCUGAGAACUCCGUUACGCCAAAUUUAGUACCAUUGCCGGUGGCAUUGAGAGAAGAGCUCGAGACGCGAACGGAAGCAUACAAAUUAGCGUUACACAAGAUUGAAAACUUUGGCAAACACGCUGGAACUAAUAAAGCGGAUCAAGGUGUACAAGCGGCUUCGCAUCAACGGCAGCUUUCCCUGAAGUACAGCGAGAUCCAGCAACGCCUGAUCGAUAAUCAGAGCUUGCUGAACACCUUGGAGAAAGCGGGCGGACCGUGUAGCUUAGAGAAUUUACUAGCGGAGUUGAAACGCCGGGUCGAGCAGGAUAAGGAGGCGCUCCGGGAAUGGACGGCCUUGAGGAAAUCGACCUCCGGAUCGACGAACAUGAAAAAUCCGGCUCUCGCUGCCAGAUUGUUGCAGUUUUCGAGAGGUUGCGCACUCGCGCUGCAGUUCAUGAACGAAGAUAAACUACAGAUUCUCUAUCUAGACGAAAAUCUCGGUGACGACUACGAGGAAGAGUCCAGUAGCGCUGGCUAUCACACGGAUGAGAGUUGCAGCCCGACUCCGGAGCCAGUUGUAACGGGUAUCAAUUGCGAGGCACUCAACGCAGAAGAAAAUUGUUCAGAUUUAACCUCAGCCAAUAUCACAGUGGAACAACUCGCCGAGAGAUACGGCACUCUCUAUGCUCAGGCCAACUUGCAUACCCUGGAUGCUCUAGAUGCAUUAGAACCCCUUAAGGACGCUUGUGAUUUGAAAGCGAAGAUUCUCUACUCGGUGGUAGUGCUCUCGUGGCGUCUGGCUGGCAUGGUCCAGACAUCGAGGCGCCUGGAAGCCUUGAAGAUCCUGAACGGCGUGACCACGGCCCAGACGGCGGAGGCUUCUCCGGAGCUCGAGGAAUGCAUUAAAAGGCAGUUGGCCAUUUCCGGGGUACAAACCGGUUCUCGUGAGGUCGCCGAGCAGGUGGUCAGUCAGUUGGAGAGGACACUGUACGACUUUCCAUGUCUGCGUGGAUGCGCUGAGGUCAAGAGUUACGCCACCGCGUGCUCCACUUUGGCUUGGGCGUGUCUGGCACGUUCCACGCCGCUGGUACUCGAUGUAGCGCAAAGUUUGGAGUUCCGCAGAGAGGUGCAAGUAAGACAUCAUGCUUCUCCGGAUCCGCACGGGACUAGGAUCAGAUCAGUCUUGUGGCCAGGGCUUCGGGAAGGCUGUCAAGGUCCCUGUCUUCACAGAGCCAUCGUGCUAACUUGCUGAAGCACUGCAACUUUUCUAUAAAAAAGGAAUAAAAGCGAAUGCAGAACUGUCUUUGAAAAACAUGUUCAUGAUGCGAAAAUAUUUUUCAUAUACAUGAAAUUUUUUUCAAUAUACACAGGGAGUUCACUGAAUUGAUCACACUUAUCAGGUA